AUGGGUCUCCGACCAAAAUAUGAAUCCGUUCGUGCUGCUCUGUUACAUCGCAACCCUCUGCCAUCUCUUGACGCUGAUAUUCAGGAAAUCUUAUUUAAGGAGAAAAGAGUUAGCAUUGUCUUCUCUUUGUCCUCUAACGUCGCUCUCGACACUACUCAUCUCCGACAGGCUAAUGUGAUCUCUUCCAAAUCUACUGCUCUUGCUGUCACCCCAGAUACCUCUUGGCUCCUUGACUCGGCUUGUUGCAAUCACAUGACUUCUGGCAUUUCAUUGUUAUCCUCUCAUAUUUCUGUUCAAUCACUUCCUCCAGUUCACUUUGCUGAUGGUAAUCACAUGUCUAUUUCUCACAUUGACACUGAUUCUCAGAUAGGACAAGUGAUUGGUACGGGACGGAAGAUGGGUCGAUCAUUUGAGCUCACAUCUCUCCAGCAUUCUCCUGUGUUCCCAGCCAUCUCUACUCUAGUCACUGAUAACACUAUAUUUCAGUGGCAUCUUCGUCUAGGUCAUGCAUCCUCUGAUAAACUCCGUAGUUUAGCUUCUACUGGCAUUUUGAAUAAUGUUUCUAAGUUUAGCACUUUUGACUGUUUAAAUUGCAAACUUGCGAAACAACCUGCUUUGUCCUUUCCUAAUUCUGCUUCUUUAUGUGAUAAACGUUUUGGCCUAAUUCACUCUGAUAUUUGA